AAAAAAAACUUGUCUGGCCAGAAAAGAACCUGGCAACAGGUGGAAACCAAGUACAAAAAUAUUCUGCAGUCUGCAGUCAAGAAAAAAAGCACACUGCGGAGCAACAGGGGGUGGCCCACCCAGCAGAGGAGUUGGCCAUCGAUUUAAAUAAAGGGAGGCUGGUGAUGGAAGGACAGUAACAGACUUGGUCCUUGCUGCUGACAGUUGCAGCUUUUUACAAGAGUUAUGCUUUUGGAGCCACAAGAAGACGAUCCAGGGGGGAGGCACAUCUGCAGCUGUGGAGUGUACCUCUGCAGAUGAGGAGAUGCUGUCCCUGGACUCUAGGCUUGAGGACCUAGAGACUGCACAGCCUCAAAAGGAACCUGGUAAUAUUAAACAGACAGAGCUGGCAGAUCUCCAAAUCCAGAGGGAGAAACGCAAUCUGGAAGUGAUUGAGCUUGAUGUUCAAAUAAAAAGGAGGACUCUAAGGAAACUGGAUCUCGAGAUCCAGAAACUGGAACGUGAGACUGACAGCUGAGAACUGAUGACAAUACUAUACUAUUUACUUUUCUUUUAUGAUGCAUUUACUGGUGAUCAGACAAUUUAUUUUCAAAAAUCAAAAUUUAAGCCUAGGAAAAAUAAUUGGCAAAAUAUUGGUCUUGGAUUAACCGGUCAGCAACGUUGUCUGGGAAAAUCGGCGCAUUUUCCGUCUGGCUUCUUACUUUCAUUGCUCAAAUAUUGUCUUUUUAUAUGUGUUUUUGGUCUUUAUAUAUAAACUGUGCUAAUAAAUAAUACUAAAACUAAGUCAACCAGCAAAUGAAAUGAUUACAGUUCUAAUAUUUGGAUGAUAUAACGGGUAGAAAAAACAUGGGAAUUCUGUAAAACACACUCAUUUCUCACAGUACUGCAGUACAAUACCACAGGAUUAACCUUAACAUGGAUGUUAGCCUGCUCUGGAGCAGACUAGCUGCAGAGAAUAAGUCACCAUGGUUACUUGUCCAGGAUAAACUUGUCCUGCUUUCAUGCAACUGACUGGAGGUCAAGUUUAUCCAGGAUAACCAAUAUUUCCAGGCUUAAUCCCUUAUCCUGGUUUUGUGCAAUACCCCUCUAGAGUGUCCUGCGUCAAUCCCGCUUGACUGGGGUCAGCUGCUCACCACCAAGUUGCAUUGAUUCUGCAGCAGGAUUGAUGGACUGGAGAGACAAUCAUCCAGUGAGAUGGACAAGCUUGUGGAAAAUGGUCAAGAUUCCCAAACCAAGGAGAAUCCACAUUGGAAUUACCUGAUGAGGAAGGUGCCUGGUGACGAAUAUGAGAGCGUUUUGUGCGCUUCCGCCAUGGUCAUUGGUCCCCAGUAGUAAGAACUAUGACGAAGCUGACGACCUUUGUUGAACUGCAGCGUCACCUCUGACGGCCAUUGAGGGAAGAGGCACUUUUUGUUUUUUUGCAAGGAGGAGUGACACAAAGUUUUUGUUCAUUUUUUUAUGAUGUAAUGACGGUAGGUGAUGAUUGGGGAUUUGGUAAGCAGGGAUUCCAGUGCCAAGUGUGCUGCUUUGUGGUCCACAAGCGCUGUCAUGAAUUUGUCACCUUUUCCUGUCCCGGUGCCGACAAGGGGCCCGCCUCAGACCAGGAUCCUCGUAGUAAACACAAAUUUAAGGUGCACACGUACUCCAGUCCAACCUUUUGUGACCACUGUGGCUCACUCCUCUACGGGCUGAUACACCAGGGCAUGAAAUGUGACCACUGUAUGAUGAACAUCCAUAAGCGCUGUGUGGCCAACGUGCCUAGCCUGUGUGGGACUGAUCACACUGAGAGGAGAGGGCGCAUCCAAAUCUCAGCUGGCAUCAUUGAGGACACCCUCACCGUCACCAUCAAAGAAGCCAAGAACUUGGUCCCCAUGGACCCUAAUGGCUUGUCAGACCCCUAUGUGAAGCUCAAGCUGGUCCCCGAUCCCAAAAGUGAGAGCAAACAGAAGACCAAGACCAUUAAAUGCUGCCUAAACCCCACCUGGAAUGAGACCUUCACUUUCAACCUUAAAGAAAGUGACAAGGACCGCCGUCUCUCUGUGGAGAUCUGGGAUUGGGAUUUGACUAGUAGGAAUGAUUUCAUGGGAUCUCUAUCCUUUGGGAUCUCGGAGCUGCAGAAACAAGGGAUAGAUGGAUGGUUCAAGCUUCUGUCCCAGGAAGAAGGAGAGUAUUUUAACGUUCCCGUACAGCCUGAUGGGGAAGAUGGCAAUGAGGAGCUAAGACAAAAGUUUGAAAGGGCAAAAGUGGGUCCAGGGAAGCCGUCAGACCCCUCUUCCUCUUCCUCCGUCAGCAAGUAUGACAGCAAUGGUAACCAGGACCGUAUCAAGCUCUCUGACUUCAACUUCAUUAUGGUUCUGGGAAAGGGCAGCUUUGGCAAGGUGAUGCUGGCUGAGAGGAAAGGUACCGACGAGUUGUACGCUGUAAAAAUCCUGAAAAAGGAUGUAGUGAUUCAGGACGAUGACGUGGAGUGUACCAUGGUGGAGAAAAGGGUCCUGGCUCUUGCUGGGAAGCCACCUUUCCUCACACAGCUGCAUUCCUGCUUCCAGACCAUGGACCGAUUGUAUUUUGUGAUGGAGUAUAUUAACGGAGGGGAUCUCAUGUACCAAAUCCAACAAGUUGGGAAGUUUAAGGAGCCACAUGCUGUCUUCUAUGCCGCUGAGAUCGCCACUGGACUCUUUUUCCUCCACUCCAAAGGGAUUGUGUAUCGGGAUCUAAAGUUGGACAACGUGAUGCUGGACUGUGAAGGCCACAUAAAGAUCGCUGACUUCGGCAUGUGCAAAGAGAACAUGUACGACGGCAUUACUACAAAGACAUUUUGCGGAACACCAGACUACAUCGCCCCUGAGAUCAUAGCCUACCAGCCGUAUGGGAAAUCCGUAGACUGGUGGGCCUUCGGAGUGCUACUGUAUGAAAUGCUUGCUGGACAGCCGCCUUUUGAUGGGGAGGAUGAAGAUGAGUUGUUCCAGUCAAUCAUGGAGCAUCAUGUCUCGUACCCAAAAUCCAUGUCCAAAGAAGCCGUCGCAAUCUGCAAGGGGCUGAUGACCAAGCACCCAGGCAAACGUCUCGGCUGCGGUCCUGAGGGUGAAAGGGACAUUAAGGAGCAUGCCUUCUUCCGCUACAUUGACUGGGAAAAGCUGGAGAAUAAAGAGGUUCAGCCGCCUUUCAAACCUAAAUCUUGUGGGCGUGACGCAGAGAACUUUGACCGCUUUUUCACACGCCAUCCCCCAGAGCUGACUCCCCCAGAUCAGGAGCUUAUAGCCAACUUGGACCAGGAUGAAUUCCAAGGCUUCUCAUUUCUUAACCCUGAGUACCCUCACUCUAUCCACUGACCAUGCCACAUACAUCGAUACAUAUAAUCACUGCAGUAGUGAGCCUCCCGUAUCAGACAAUGUGAGAGUGUCACCAUUAUGUGCAUAUCCACGCUGCCAGUUUGACACUUUGGGAAAUGAGAGUUCUUAGCAGGGAAUCUGCAAAACGUUUAUCAUGCAGAUAGAAAUCAGGGCAGUUUGAAGAAAUCAUCCGAAUAUCAAGUAUGAAGGCACCAGUAAUGUCGCUGUGGUAGCCUCUCUCUACUGGAUUUAUUUCUAUCAUCAGUGCAGGUGUUGCUCAUUUCCUGAAUGCGGCAUCACUUUAAAUAACAAUAAUGGCAGGUCUGCCUCCCCGUUUAAAUGUCAUUUUCCAUGCGGUAUCAGCGUUAUUGACGAGUCAAUAUAUCGAGUCACAUUUCAAAUAAUCACAACUGGAAGCAAUUUGGGCAAAAUGGAGUGCACUACUUGACAGCAACCAGCAGAGGCGCUGUCGAUCCAACCAGUUUGUGAUCAGCUACUAUGAGAUCCAUCCAUACCGACCUCCUCGUUGGUGAACAUUAUUCAUCUCAACACAAUACUAGCAUGGAAACAGCAGUCUGAACAUUCACACAGAGAAAAUAGUUUUUCAGAAAAAAAUCAAUUAAUUACUAAAUGUCCUCCAUCCCUGCUCUGUGCGGUCAGUCUGUGUCUGUUUGGUGGCUUUUGAACGUUGCAGAAUUCAACUCCACAUUUAUUUUAAUGACCCAAAAGACCAAAAUGUCAGGUACAAGUAAACAAUGUAAUGAGAUCCAGUAUGAGAGCUGCAAAAUAAUUGCAUUCAUGUGGUUUGCAAAGCAUCAGUUAUGCAAUGGGUGGCAUCAUUGUCUCUAGUAUUUCUUACCGCUCUUGUAUUAGCUCUCGUUAGAUUGUCAAAGCGCCAAAGUACAGUAGAACUGAGAAUCACAAGAUUGCAGUCAAACUCUGUGUGCCAAUUUAAAUCGUAACACAUCAUCCUUACAAUAUGCAUUGAAACAUUUGUGUUUAUCAACAACACAAUAACCUUCCAAAAGUUGAUUUUUCUUAUGUCAGGUGACAUGUGUGUUUAUCGUGAGCCAAGGUGCGUAACAAAUGUGUCAAACAGACUCCGAAGGGGGAGGUGGUGCUGCUGUUGUCACGGUUUUGUUCACACACAGAGACAAAUGAAGACAGGCAAGCACUUAAAAGCAACCGUGAACAAUAGCAGGAAACAUGUGAACAUUUUUAGAUGAAUAUAUCAAAUGUAUUUGUUGUGGAUGAAAGAAAGACAGAAGCUUCUAUGGAUUGUAUAAUUGUUCCGUAUGACUGGAAAUGAUAAUAUACUCACUGGUGACUACCAGGCCAAAUCUGCUGUGUCUGCCUUCUUACUGAGCACCGAAAAACUUUAGAAAACUCAUUGAUGUGUUUUGUGCAAGUAAUUAUCAUUUAAAAAUUACAAAAAAAAAAUUCAAGUGAGGCAAGGAUUUUAAUUGAAAUGCUGAGAAUGUACACAGUAGUACCUCGUUUUUUUUGGUAUUAAUCCGUUCUAAGUGGUCCGUCAAAAACUGAAUACAUUUUUCCCAUAAGAAACCAUGAAAAUUCCAUUAAUCCAUUCCAGAAAUUCCAGUGUAUAAGCCACAUGUGCCUGCUUCAUAAUAAUUUCAUCUGAAUUUUGACUUUAUUCUCGAAAUGCUAACUUUCUCCACAACCUAAUUUUCCAAAACCGUAACUUUGUUCAUUGUUUUGUUUUUUUCCUCAUAAGAAUUCUCUACAGAGUAAUGUCUUUUUUCUGUAAUAUUUCAACUUUAUGCCGCUAAAAUAACUUUUUUUUCCUUAUAUUAGUCUAUAAGAUUCCGACUUUUUCUCGAUAGAGUACAAUUUUUUAUAAUUUUUUAAAGUUUUCGUGUUAAAUCAUAUGUCUGGUAUGUGCUGUGAGCCAAUAAAAAAAAAACAGCCGCAAGUGGCCCCCGGGCUGCACUUUGGAAACCACUGAUCUAAGCACUAAAGCUAAAACAAAGUGAAAGUAAAUAUUUUGCCAAGAAAUAUUCAAAUCAUGCCUGCUUCACUCAUACAACUAAGCGAAGGACCAGUGUCCUUCCACAGUUCAGCUGGCUGCCCUCAGACAAGACAAGAGGAGGUAAACACUCUUUUUUUUUUUCCCCUUUCUUUUUAAUGUGCUCGGCUCACCUCCCUCCCUGUUGUAGGAUCUGUUUUUGGAUCUUUGUCUGUACCAAAAAUGUUCCUCUUUGACACACAGGUCUUUGUCUCUGGUCUCCUUGUAUCUGUAACAUUCAGUCCAGGGUUGUUUUUUUUCCCCAUCUUUUUUUUUUUUUCUGAAUGUGUUUACCUGUUUUUGUCACGUUGUUCCCAAACUCGACUCCCACUUCUGAAUGAUCUAAAUGAUACUGCAGUCAGUUUCUUCGGUUCCUUUUAAGGCUUGGACACCUCAAACUACAUUUGUACUCAAGUCUUACAAGACGGCUUAUGAUUUUUGUGUGACUUCAGUGGUGUAUUACUAUUUACCCGAAGUCAUCGAUAAACUUGUAACCUGAAUUUGCCAUCUUUGAGAUCUUUGAUCCUUUUUUAUAUAGACAAUAGAGGCAUCAUUAUUGUCAGAAACCCGCCAUUCCACUAAGACUUGGCGACAACUACAGAAAGAACAACAUACAAAGGCUACAAUCCCACUACACCAGGGGUCUCAAACUCAAUUUACUUGGGGGCCACUGGAGCUCGGGUCUGGGUGAGACUGGGCCGCAUCAGAUUUUCCAAAACCCCCCCCCCCAAAAAAACGCAUUUAUUAAAAACAUUUUUUUAAAAACUUCGCUUUGGUUCCAAAUUUCUACAAGAAAAGCUCUGAUAAAACAUUCCACUGUUCUCAAAUAUCUUACUUUUUAUUUUUCUACACAAAAUAAGAUUAAAAAUAAAUAAACAAAUCAAGAAUAAAGAAAAUCAAUCAAUCAGUAAUAAAUAAAUAAAUAUUAUAAUAAUAAAACGGCAAAUAAUAACUUAAGAAACCACAUAUAAUUGGUGGGUACACAAAUUAUUUUUUUCAGAUUAAUAGAACAAAGCAUUAUUAGAGCCCUGUAGACAUGACAAAACACGACUAUAGUCACAUUUAUACUCUUUUUAUUUACAACAUAUUGCGCAACUGCAGGGUCUUGAGACACAUGCUAACUCGCAAACUAGAGAGCUAGCGACCUAAACGGUAGCCUUCAAGUUAUUUCCUUUAAACUUAAAUAGCCAAAAACUUACCACUUCCACACGGAUAGGGAGGAUAACUAUUAAGAGUUAUUUAACCUUUAACAUGAACAUUAAUCAAACGUAAUAAUUUUUUCUGGGUACAUGAUACCAUACAGCAUCCAUAUCAAACUUGCGCGGACUGCACUAACAUUAUACUUUCAUAUCAAGGCGGGGGCCUCAAACUAGUGGCUGCGUGUUUGAGACCCCUGCACUACACGCUGUCACCUUCCCCUGUCUACACUGCCCCAAAAUAUGCAGCCUCGACAGUCAUCUUGUAGAAACGACAGACAGUCAAACUCGCUUCAAGUGACAGCUACCUCGUUUUUUUAUUAAUUCAAUCCAAAAUGUCAGAUGAAAACCUAUUUUUCCAUAAGAAAUCAUGUAAAUAGUGCAUGCCGCAACCAUGCAAAAUAAUUACAAAUGACAAAGGGAUAGUAAUUAUUGUUGAUACAGACUUCCCAUAGAUUCCCCUGAGAUGGAAUUCAUGUAUAUCAAAACUGCAAACUUUCUUUGGCUCCAUGGCGGGUUAUUUUGCAGUCAGAAUUGAUUAAAAGAUGCACGCAACACAUAGGAUUCAUUGUUUGGGCACUCACUUUUUGGCACACGGACUGGUUUAUGUGAAUCGCUAUACAAAAGCAGACAGAUCAUUAUCAAAAAUGUCUUUGUGUUGAUAAAUGGACUCCCCUUUCUUCCUCUCAUCACUGUGCUUCAAUGGGAGUUUUUUUCCGCUUCCUGUCAGUCUUUGUUUUCUGUUCUCACUGUGGACCAGUAACUCUAAACGUAACCUUUUCCCA